AUGUUAUUAAGGUUUACUAUAUUUAUUGAGGGGUAUUAUUUUGUAUUUAAAGUGAAAUACUCUAAUUUUUUCUCAUAAAAUUCUUUGAUCCUUUCUAGAAUGUUUUGUUACUUCAAUAAUUUUUCUAACAAAGGUAUUUAUGUGGAUUAAAAUGAAGUGUUCAUCUAAAUUUUGAAUCACUUGUGUAAAAUAGAUACUUUUGUUGCUAGAACAGUUAGGUGUAACAAAUUUAAAAUGUUCUGUGGCUUUUUAUUAUUCAAGAUUAAUUCAAAUUAAUUUCAAAAAUUCAUCAUAAUUUUUUUCAACUUUUUGAUCUUAACCAUUUCAUCUAAAAUUAGCUUAUCUCUUAAAAAGAUCAGAGCCAUAAGUAAGUAAAGUCAAACUAAUUGCAAUAAAUUACUAAGAGCAGUAGGGUUAAAGGAUGGAUUGAAAUCUAAAUGCUCACAGUAGAUCUAAUAAGUUUUAAGGUUCUAUCAAUCGUGUAAUUGUGUGACUAUUAAAUGA